AAGGGUUUUUGAGAGGGUUUAACACAGAAGCUUCGUUUUACAAAUCUACGAGUCGGCGGCGGCAGAAACAACGAACUUUCUUCAUCUGUAUCGUCGAUUCCUCCAUAAAGAUCCGAUCUCGCGACUUAGAGAGUAAAGGGCGAUCGAUCGAUCAUGUCAUCUCCGGAUCCGACGAAGACAGCGAAUUCCGAUUCCCAAUCUCCAAAGGAAGCUCCUACUCCGUCGGAGGAGCUAGGAGAUUCGUCAACUGUUUGGAGAGAUCCAGUAGAAUCCGGAUCUCCAAACGAAGAAGAAGAGUCGAAUCAAGGAGGAGAGGGAGAAGAGGAGGAAGAGGAAGGAGAGUGCGGGUUUUGCUUGUUCAUGAAAGGAGGGGGAUGCAAAGAGUCGUUCACGGCUUGGGAAGUGUGUGUGGAGGAAGCUGAGAAGAACAAGGAAGACAUCGUCACCAAGUGUAUGGAGAUCACUAGUACCUUGAAGAAGUGUAUGGAUGAGCAUUCCGAUUACUACCAGCCGAUCCUCGCUGCGGAGAGAGCUGCUGAGCAGCAGGUGAAGAAGGAGCUCGAGGCCGACAAGGAGAAGAUCUCUGAAGAAGAAGCGGCGGCGAUGAAGCUAGCUCAGGGUUAAAACUGAGAGGGAGGAGAUUUAGGUAAUUUUACCAGAGAAUGUUGUUUAGAUACCAUUGAUGAUGGUCGAGUUUCUUUACCUAAUUAUUAUAACCUGUUACUUCUUUGUGUGGGGGAAGAAUAAGUGGAUUGAUUGAGAUCAGUUGAACCUUUUCUAUCUGAUUGAAUACUUUGUUUUUAAAGCAGAAAGUUUCCUCUUUAAAGGUCACUUCUUUGUUGAUGGUUAAGAAGUUCUUUUUUCUUCUGGUUUUUGCUAAGCUUUUGAAUGUGAUAUUGGGUCUUUCCUUUAGU